UCUUCUGCUUCGUCUGUUCGCCGCCGUAGAAGAGACUGAAGUCGACACCAAAAUUGCUGCAUCACGCCGCCGAACUCAGUCGCCAACUUCAUUACCGAAAACAAGUCAUAGCCGCGCUGGACCUCGUCGAGCAAUCAAGUCCAGCUAGGGUCGAAACCCUGGCCGGCAUCUCCCUUUUCCCGCUCUCGAUCCAAUCUCCUCCUCUGCUCUCUGUAUAUCCCCCGUCGUGGCUUGAGUCUCCAAACAUUUAUAGAUGGAUUCCAUUGUAUUUGUGUUCAACUUGGAGAAGGUUUCUUUGCAUUUGAGUCGGCUCUAUCUGUUCCUUGCCUUUCCCGAUAUGUACCCAAUUUCCUCUUUUUUGACGGAAGAAUUCUUGGUUGAGAAUGCUAAAGAGGCACCAGGCACCCCUCCAAACAUGCACCCAGUAUAUUUAAUUUUUUUUUUCAAUUUUCCUUUUUUCAUAGUCUUUUCCUCUCCCACCUUCUUCCCCAAAAUUCCCAAAUCUCCCUUCUCCCACUUCAACCUCCACAAGCGACAGAAUUCGGACAACUCCAAUUCCACGUCCUUCUUCUCCGUCGAGAGCACAGCAGCGCCGGCAGCCCCACCCCUUCGCCGGCAGUCCCACCCCGCCAGCUCCAGCGCCGGCAGCCCCACCCCUCCGAACAGGUAUGACAAUUGUGGAGUGAUGGUGCUAGCAUUUCUAGAGUAUUUGUUGGUGGGCUUACCAUUGAGUCCGGACUGCAGUUCUGAACACAUGGCUGAUUUCCGAUGUCAAUUUGCAGCUAGGUUAUGGCGUGGAAGGAAAAGAACCAAUAUUUAGCUUUUUUACUUUACAAUUUUAGGGGUCUUUAAUUUUUGUGAAACUCUUUGUAAUGGUUUUUGUGCUUUGUAAUGUAUUUUUUGGGGAAACACUUUAGAUUUUUUUGAAAGCUUUGUAAUGGAGCUUUUAUAAUCAUGAAUUUCUACUUGUUAAUGCACAAUUUGUUAAUGAGGACAUUAUAAAAACAUCUUCUCCCAUUAGUUGAGUAAGUCACUUCUUCUCUUACCCCCGGCUUUCUUCUAUCUCUCCGGUCUCAAUCACAUCCCCGGCGGAGCCGUGGCUCUGCAUCGCAGCUACCUUCCGGGAGAGAGAUUUUAUCGAAUCUAUAAAAUAUUUGUAUAUCACCUCCAGAAUCUCUUUCUAUUUUCUCUGAAAUUGUCCGGAAAUCGUGGACCACCCAUAGAGAUAGUCAGUUUCUGUUUAGUUGUUCUUUCCGAUUUGGUUCUCUAAUAGAAAUGACGAUCGAGUCGAUGCCUGGUAGCUCCGGAUACUUGGACGUCGGCGACAGGAAGGUCACAUAUUUCAGCAAUCCCUAUGUUCUGGGUUUGACUGUAAUCGCUGGUAUUGGUGGUCUCCUUUUCGGUUACGAUACAGGUAUUGUGUUCAAUUGUUUAUGGGAGUGAAUUCCAUUCGUUCUUAAUUUAUGAAUUGCUCGUUGCUUCGUCCUCAAACUGGUUUGUGUCUGAAUUUUGCUGGAGUUAUUGAUCCAAGAAGCAGCGAUGACAGAUUGUAGGAAUUUUUAGUUUUCAGUUUUUAAGGGAACGGAUGAACCAAGCUCGUUAUUGGGGAAUCACACGCCAUUAUUGUGAAUAGUUCAUUUUGACCCCGGUUAAUUUUGGUCCUUGUAUAUUAAUUUUAAUUGUUUGUAACUGCACUCUUGGUUUUCCUUCUGCUUACUGGCCACAUGAUUUC